CACGCGCCGGAGCGAAUGCGCCGAAUCGUUUCGGCCGGUAUUCAUGACACACUGUUGAUUAAUUCAAAACUUGCCAGCAAAAAGGUCACAAGUUUAGAGACAGUUAGGAUACCAAGGAGUAACAUUUUGGACAGAGUUCAGAGUUUUUUACCACAGAUGGCCCUUGCAAACAGUGAGCUAAGAAGAGAAAUGGCAACAGCACCUGCUCAUCAAUUUGAUAUUGAAAAUCUAGACAACUGCCUUGAAAAUAUUAUAGAGAUGAAUGUGGCUUUGGUUGAGUUAAGUGGCUCUGACACAGAGGAUGAAGAAGAAAUAAUUUCAGAAGACAGCUCAGAAUCUGAAGAGGACAACUGUGCAAUUGAUGAAGUUACCAUAGACACCAUCAAGUUUCCUAAACAAAAAGGAGAAAAGGGCAAAAUAGAAAUUUUGGACAAUAAAGUACCUGAGUAGAUAGAACUAUUUUCAGAUUUCAGUUUUUAAAUGUAUUGUGCAUUUUGAUUACUUUGAAGGUUUGACCUUUAGAAAACCAGCUAAUUUACAAGUAUGUGUCACCAGGAAACUGGCUAACUCCUACUGACUUAUGUCACUGGGAGUACUGUGUUUUGGAGGAUAGAGAGUUUCUUACGGCUGGAAGGAAAGCUCGAGCACUUAGAAAUAAGUCCUGAUCUAUCCCCCAGGCUGUAUAGAAAUGAGUUACAUUAGGUAGUCAGAAUGGGGAAGAAACAACAAUUUGAGAGGCUACACUGUAAAGCUAAGCAAGAAUGUGAAGUUCUUGGCCUGUUGUAAAGUAAAGGCUUACUAGGGUGUGGAGUAUGUACUUCUGGAGAGGGAAAUAAGUAGACAGGAGGAAGACAAAGCUUGUUUUUUGAGAUACUGUACUAUUUAUAUACUUAUCUUCACUAGUAAAUACUACAGAUGAGCAGACUUAGUGCUUCAAGAGUUAAAUCUAAGGAAAUAUGCCUAAUUAUGCCUUGAUAAUUUGAUAGGUUGCAAUUUAGACUAUUACUGUAUUUAGUCAUGUUUUGCUUUUCAGAUGUAUCUGAAUGGCUUUGUAUACUAUAACUUGUUUCUCAAAGAAACAGUAUUUUGUAUAAUUUAAGGUUAUAUUACUGUAUUUACUCAGCUAGUGACGAUUAAGUAUUAAAUUGCCAGAGCUUGCCAAACCGCGGAGAGCCCCGCUCGCCAGCCGCGCUGUCCGGCGAUCUGCGCAUGCGCAGAUCACCCGAACCUGGCUCUUCCAGGUUGCAAUCUACUCGCCAUGGGCGAGUAGAUUGAAAUUUGCAGGGCUCGACAAAUAAUGCGAUCGGUCACAGGAUUUAAAACAUUUUAUUCUGCGUUAACUUGGAACAUAACUGUUUGGAACAUUUGAUCAAGGUAAUAGUAACAUUUUCCAUCUUUGUUGAAGAUAAUUAUCCUUUCUCUUUAUUAAAAGGAAAAAUAAAUUGUACUGGU